AUGAUGGGUAUUCUGUUACCCUACCCCUCCCGUCUGGCAAUUAUGAACAGCAAUCCAAGCUUGGGGUGGAGGAAGUUGAGGGAGUGCCCAACUCUGUUACAGGCACUACCUCCUUCUUCUAGACCUGUUUUAAUGGUCUCAACGCUCUAUCAGGAUUCAAUGGCUUUUAAAACAGGAUUCGGAAUAUUGUCAAUACCAUAUGCAUUAGCAUCAGAAGGGUGGUUGAGCUUGAUACUUCUUAUUAUUAUUGCAAUCGCAACCUUCUACACAGCGUUGUUAAUGCAAAGAUGUAUGGAUGCGGAUCAAAGUAUAAGAAGCUAUCCUGAUAUUGUUGAGCGUGCAUUCGGUACAAAAGGAAGAACGUUUGCAUCCAUUGUCAUGAAUGUUGAACUUUACUUGAUUGUGACGAGUUUCCUAAUUGUGGAAGGGGAUAAUUUGGUUAAAAUAUUUUCAGACAUGGGAAUCCAAAUAGGUGGGUUUAGAAUUGGUGGAAGAGUUUGCUUUGUGAUAAUUGUUGGCCUCAUUAUACUUCCUACUGAAAGGGGAACUCUGCUGAAUUGGAAGGGAUUACCUACUGCUGUUAGCUUAUACUCGUUCUGUUAUUGUGCUCAUCCAGUUUUUCCCACUCUCUACACUUCUAUGAAGAGCCAAAGACUCUUCUCUAAUGUGAAGGAACAACACAAGACCCCUGAGAUUUGUGAUCAGCACUAUCUUGGUUAUCAGCGCCAUCAUUGUAGCCCUGACCAUCCCCUUUUUCGGGUAUCUCGUGUCACUUGUUGGAGCACUUCUAAGUGUCGCUCUUUCAACUUUAUUUCCAUGCUUGUGAUAUCUGAAGAUUUCCGGAACUUACCAGAAACUUAG